GAGAUCAAGGGAGCAGAUGGGAAAGGAGGGGAUGUGAGAGACAAACUUGGCCUCCUUCUUCAUGUUACUCACUGGCUCCCUGAACCUUAUCCUAGCCCACCUUGGAAGCCCUGAGAGCUUGGGUGUGUGGCACCACCAAUAUAUCCUAAAUCAUGGAAGCUUGAAAUGAUCAAAUCUUAGAACCACAAAAUCACAGAAGCUUCAUGUUCUCAUGAAAUGUAGGCUCUUAGAAGCACAGAAUUCUCAAAUCUUCAAUCUUAGAAACUUGCAGUCUUAGAAUUGAGAAAUCACAGACUCAUAAGCAGUAUCUGUGCAGAAACCUUUGGAGAUCAAAGUUCACCACCCCCCUUAUUUUGCAGAAGAGAAACUGAGGCUGAGAGAAGGAAGAGCAAGGCUUCCUCAUUGUCACAAGGUGAUUUGGUGGCAAAAGGAGUUAGAGCUCCUCCCAGCCAUAAGCAAGGAUGGGGGGCUAAAGCCAGGACUGCAGGGAUGGAAGAGGCUGCAGCCUGGCCAGUCCUCUUUCUGCUUGGCUUUGGCAUGGCCUUGGGGCACUCACCUCCCUGGUAUAAGAGGGAGCCCCAGGCAAUGCCACCCUUCCUUGUGCCUCUCACCUUGGAAGGUGUGGUUGGGUGGGGUUGUGGCCGCAGGGCCUCCUGGGGUUGAGGGACCGGCCUGCCAGGCCCCACACGUUCUCAGCCACUGCCAGGUCUGUUGGUGGGGCAACCGGCUUCCUGGCCUGGGCAUGGGCUGAGCCGUUCCCUCUGUCUCCGUGCUCUGAGCAGGCGGCAAGGGGGAGGGGUGCCAACUGGCACAGGGGCCAGGCUACAGGGCUGCCCCAAGGAAGGUGGGAGUAGAGGGUUUCUUCAGCAAGGAGGCUCAGACCGAAGGCUUCUUCGAGGUUGUGUUGCAAUCGGCCCCCUCCCGGGUGGGGGGAGGGGACUGAGGAAGAAAGACAUUAUUCAAUCCUUGGAGAGUUGGGCUGGCUCUGACAAGCACCCCAGCUGGGGCUGGGUCCUGCCUUCUCUGCCAGCGGGGGCUGAGAGAUAAACACAGCUCAUUUGAUACGGGCCAGCCUGGGCCUUGCUGGGAAUGGGAUCUGCUGUCUGAUCCCCCCUCUACUUUAGGGAGCUGGGGAGGGGGUGGGGAGAGAACCAAGCCUUGUGCUGCUACAAUCCCCAGCGGCCACUGAAGCACUCUGAGGGCAUCAUGACCGGGACUUCAAAUCUUUGUUCCUGGAGGCCUGACAGGCAGAACAGGAGCCAUGCAAGGAACCAGAGGGAGGCCGGUUCCAGCUUCUUACAGGGGAAACUUUCUGCAGGCCCAGACAUGUUCUGCCUUUUCCAUGGGAAGAGAUAUUCCCCCGGUGAGAGCUGGCACCCCUACUUGGAGCCACAGGGCCUGAUGUACUGCCUGCGCUGUACUUGCUCUGAGAGUGCCCAUGUGAGCUGUUACCGCCUCCACUGCCCGCCUGUCCACUGCCCCCAGCCUGUGACCGAGCCGCAGCAGUGCUGUCCCCGCUGUGUGGAACCUCACACCCCCUCUGGGCUCCGGGCCCCCCCAAAGUACUGUCAGCACAAUGGGACCAUGUACCAACACGGAGAGAUCUUCAGUGCCCACGAGCUGCUCCCUUCCCGCCUGCCCAACCAGUGUGUCCUCUGCAGCUGUACCGAGGGCCAGAUCUACUGUGGUCUCAUGACCUGCCCAGAACCAGGCUGCCCCGCACCCCUCCCGCUGCCUGCAUCCUGCUGCCAGAUGUGCAAAGAUGAGUCAAGUAAGAAAUCGGCUGAAGAGGACACCACACAGUCACACCGUGGGGCGAGACAUUCCCAGGAUCCGUGUUCAGGGGACAAUGGAAGAAAGAGGGUCCUGGGCACCCCAGCUCCCACUGGCCUCAGUGCUCCUCUGGGCUUCAUCCCUCGCCACUUCCGACCAAAGGGGGCAGGCAGCACAACAGUCAAGAUUGUCCUGAAGGAGAAACAUAAGAAAGAGGACAAGGCAGACCCUGGCCACAGUGAGAUCAGUGCUACCAGGUGUCCAAAGGUGCCAGGCCGGGUCCUCGUCCACACAUCAGUGUCUCCAAGCCCAGACAACCUACAUCGCUUUGCCCUUGAGCAUGAGGCCUCUGAGCAGGUGGAGAUCUACCUCUGGAAGCUGGUAAAAGAUGAGGAAACUGAGGCUCAGAGAGGUGAAGUACCUGGCCCAAGGCCACACAGCCAGAAUCUUCCACUUGAUUCAGAUCAAGAAAGUCAGGAAGCAAGACUUCCAGAAAGAGGCACAGAACUUCCGGCUACUCCCCAGCACCCAUGAAGGUCACUGGAACGUUUUCCUAGCCCAGACCCCGGAGCUGAAGGUCACAGCCAGUCCAGACAAAGCAACCAAGACCUUAUAAUAAAGACCUAAACAGUUGCAGAUAUGAGCUUUAUCAUUUUUGUUGUUAUAUAUUAAUAAAUAACAAGCUGCAUUACCCCUCAA